UCACUCAGAGAGGAUAAAGCAGAGCGAGCGAGCGAGGGAGGAGGAGACGUUGAACAUCAGCAGACGAAGCUUUCUGUGUUCGGGUGGAGGUGACUAACAGACACAAAGGAGACGGCGAGGCGCUCCGUCAGAGGACGAUGUUUGUCUGCAGGAUUUAUUCUGCACUGCUCUCAGCUGUGCUGCUGAUGUCAUCGUGGUGCGUUCAGGCUCUGCGCGUGGACGUGACACCCAGAACACCUCUGUUGAGACUUGGGGAGCGUCGUCAGCUGGUGUGUCGGGUUCAGGACUGUCCUACGACCCCGAGGGUGUCCUGGUCUCUGCUGGGGGACCAACCGCUGAUCGCCUCCCCCAGCACCAAUGGGACCCAGUAUGUGUUGACCUUUGACCCAGUGAUGACGGAACAUGAAGGCGUUCUGCUGUGUAAGGUCGGCUGUGGACAAGACAACAAGCAGAUCAGAACCUCUGUCAGAGUUUAUGACUUCCCAUCAGCCCCUGUGAUCAGAGGUCAGGACCGAUUGAGGCUCGGGACGGAGUCCAUCCUGACCUGCCAGGUGUCUGAUGUUUACCCCUCUGAGCAGCUGACCCUUACCUGGCUCAGAGGGGACAUAGUCCUGAAGACCAGUCUGGGAGAUCCUGUAUCCAGUUUAGUCAAGUCUGAGUACAGAUUCACUCCUCUGGACCAGGACUCAGGAGGAAACAUCAGCUGCAGGGCCACGCUGGACCUGGACAACCUGCCUGUCGAGGAUGGGACCAGAGAGACCACAAUCCCCCUAAACCUGCUCUAUGCUCCGAUUGUCACGGCGAUAUCAGACUCUGUGUUGGUGAUGGCGGGCUCUCCACUCGCUCUCACCUGUUCAGCAGAGGGAAACCCUGAGCCAAUCAUCACCUGGAGCUUCCUGACGGUGUCCGGUCAGUCUGUGCAAUGCGGUCGAGGCCAGCAGCUCGACUUCACGGCAGUGAGUCUGUCUGAGUCCGGACGGUACGAGUGUGAAGCCCGAAACAGCGAGGGGAACCAGACGGCUGGCGUGGAGGUCACGGUUCACGCUCCACCCACCAACACCUCCCUCUCAGUGAGUCCAGGUCUGGAGGUGGUGGAGGGCCAGCAGGUGACCUUUACCUGUCGCUCAGAUGGAGUUCCGCCCACCACUCUAGUGCUAAGGAGGGGAGAGGUGGAGCUUCAGAGGGCUGACUCCUCCUCCACACUCUCCUUCAGCCUCUCCUCCGCCCUGCUACAAGACUCCGCCCACUACGAGUGUGAAUCGUCCAAUCAGUACGGAUCCCAACAGGUCACGAGCGUUGUCACCGUCACAGUUCACCCUCUGCAGGUGGAGGUGAGUCCUCUGGACCCAACAGCAGAAAUGGGUUCAAGUCUGGUCCUGACCUGCAGAGCUUCUGGGUGUCUCCACCCUCCCACCCUCACCUGGAGGACAGACUGGAAUCAGACGGUCCUCCAGAGGACACAGCAGCAGGACGGACGGUCCCCACUCCACCUGCAGAACCUGGACCUCCAGAACCAGCAAGGAUACAUAUGUGAGGCUGAGUGUGACUCUGUCCACAGGACCAGAACCGUCCAGGUCCAUGUCUUCUCGUUUCCAUCUGAUCCAAUUCUGGAGGAUCCGGGUCCCGUCCUGCUGGGUCAGGAGGCAACUCUUCGCUGUGAUGUCAUCAACGUCUUUUCAGCCAAUCAGAUGAUGAUCCAGUGGCUCUCCGGAAACACCAUACUGAUGUCGGAGAUGUUCAGCUUUUCCGAUUCCUUACAGAACAUCUCGUCUGUUCUUCAACACCAGGUUGAGGAGGACCAGCAGGUUCUGACCUGCAGAGCCGAGCUGCCGACGGAGGACAGAGACAUGCAGCGGUCCAGGAAGACCACCGUCCCCCUGCAGGUCCACUAUCCUCCAAGGAGAACCUCCCUCUCAGUGAGUCCAGGUCAAGAGGUGGUGGAGGGUCAUCAGGUGACGUUUACCUGUCACUCAGAGGGAGCUCCGCCCUCUACACUAGUGCUGAGGAGAGGAGGGGCGGAGCUUCAGAGGGCUGACUCCUCCUCCACACUCUCCUUCAGCCUCUCCUCCGCCCUGCUGCAAGACUCCGCCCACUACGAGUGUGAAGCGUCCAAUCAGUACGGAUCCCAAAAGGUCACGAGGGCUAUCACCGUCACAGCUCCUCCGAGGAACACCACAGUCCUGGUCCUGCCAUCUGCGGUGGUCCAGGAGGGACAAAACAUCACCGUCUGCUGCCAGACUAUCAGCUUCCCACCGUCAGCUGUGGUCCUGAAGAAGCUGACCAAUGGGACGGAACUAUACUCCUCCAACGGCACCUUCCUAUUGGUCAAUGUCACAGCUAGAGACUCCGGGCUUUAUCAGAUCAACGUGACCAACAACCUCGGGUACGAGGUGAAGGUCUUCAGCAUCAGCGUCAGAGAGAGAAGCACCAGCAGUCCUCCCAGUCUCAGUGCUAUCAUCAUCCCAGUCCUGUGUGCUGCCACUGGGCUAGCAGCUGUCGCUCUGUUCCUCGACUACCUGAGGAGAUCCAGGAAGAAAGGCUUCUACCAGCUGUCCCAGUCUGCCCCGCCUUCAGCCUGAGCCUAACACAGGGUUGCUAAUGCAUCCCAACAUUUGGCUACCAAGCUCCAACAUGCGGCUAUAAUGUUCUAGCAUGAUGUUUUGAUAACCCAAUAUGUGGCUACUAACUUCCAUCAUGUAGCCCCAGAAUCCAAAUGUGUGACUACAACAUCCCAAAAUGUGACUACCAUUGUGGAGCUUCCAUGUCCUGAUAUGUGGCUUUGAUGUGCUAACAUGUGGUUACUAUGUCCAAAUAUGUGACCACCACCUCCCAAUGUGUGGCUUCCACAUAGUAACAUGUGGCUUUUAUGGUCAAAAAGUGGCUAUCACCACUAAGUACCCAGAUGUGUGUGGCUACCAUGUCCAAGUUUGUUUCUAGAACACUCCAUCACUCGGCUACGGUGCCCCAACAUGCAGCUACCACCACCCACAAUGUGGCUAACAGACUCCAACACAUGGCUGCCUUUUUAUACCCCAACAUGUGACUACACGUCAUUCUACAUUCAUAACAACCCAAUGCUUGGCUACCACAUUCUAGUAUGUGACUACCACGGCCUAACAUGCAGUUUCGAUAUGACAUGUGGCUACAACCUUUCUACAUGUGGCUACAACCGUCCUACAUGUGGCUACAACCUUUCUACAUGUGGCUACAACCGCCCUACCUGUGGCUACAACCAUCCUACAUAUGGCUUCAACCUUUCUACAUGUGGCUACAGCCACUCUACAUGUGGCUACAACCUUUCUACAUGUGGCUACAACCCCCCUACCUAUGGCUACAACCGUCCUACAUGUGGCUACAACCUUUCUACAUGUGGCUACAACCUUUCUACAUGUGGCUACAGCCACUCUACAUGUGGCUACAGCCACUCUACAUGUGGCUACAACCGUCCUACAUGUGGCUACAACCGUCCUACAUGUGUCUACAACCAUCCAGUUGUUUCAUAUCCUGUUUCUACCUGAUGUAACACGCAAACACUUCCUGUUCUGAAUCAAACUUUGGUUUCAUUUUUAAAAAACUUUUUAAUCAAAAGAGAGGAAACAUCUGAGGUUCUGUCUGUGGUUCUGAUGAUUUACCUGCUGGUUUCGUGAACAUUUCUCUCUUUUUGUUUUUAUUAAAAUAUUUAUUUCUUCA